AUGGGUGACAAGAUGCAAGGAAGAAAAGGAGACACAGGUAACAACGAAGAAAUCGACUUUACGAGUGCCUUAGCACCACGUCUUGUCGAAAUACACAGAGAAAAUUCUGUUCCUAAUAUGUAUUUCUGGCUUGUAAUCAAAUUUUCUUCCACAUUUGCGAAGCCUCGAAAAAGAAGGGUAAUUAGUGAAUCUGAAGAUGAAGGUACGCCACUGAAGCGCAGCCAAUUGACUUCGGACGAUAAAGAAAAUGACGAUGGAAAAAACGACUCCAUGAGCGCCUCAGCAACAAGUUCACACCAAAUUCUAACAGAUAAUAAUGUUACGAAAGCUCCAAAAAGAAAGGCAAUCAUUGAAUCUGAAGAUGAAGUUCGACCAAAGAAGCGGAGCAUAUUGAGUACUGAUGAUGAAGAAAAUGAGUUUCAUUGA